GACAAUUCUCAGAGCAACCAACCAUUUCCACAUCCUUGAGAGGACCAGUCUGCAGCGUACCAUGGCAUCAGUGGCUUCGUUCCGUCUUCCUUAGGGAGGACGUUGUUCCUCAAGACGGGAGAAACCGGACGGCAGGGAGAAUCUAUGGCAUGGUAUGCGUGUUGUGAGCGACACGCUGAUUGCACCGGAUCGUUGCUUGUACAUGCUCCAUAAAUAUCGCGCGACGUGAAACUUCAUUCCGAAACCGCCAUUCAAGCCACUCGUUAGAACCGGAGGCCUUCGUGGCUUAAAAGCGAGCGUCGCUCAACAAGCGCCAGAAUAAACAGGAGGAGCAUCCAGCAUCCUCGAUAAGGAACGGGGAAGCGUCAUGGCGGAUUCGGCCGGUGCGCCUGUUGCGAGCCUGCAGCUCGUGAAGCCUCGCAGCAUGUUCCUCUGCGGCUCGCUGCCGGUGUGGCUGGACCGCGAAUUCACCACGCUCGAGUUCUCACCGGGAAUAUCGAGGUCCUUCUUCAGCGACAGAACCCCCAGCAUUCCCAAGGUGAUUCCCCCCGUGAGGCCGUCCCUGGACACCCGCCCCCCCUCAUGGCUCCACCGAGACAACAUCCUCAUGCCAGUCGACCGCCCCUCAGACUCCGCAGGCUCCACCUGGGGCGGGUCGUACCUGCACCACACGGCAGCACGCAAGUGCGAGGCGCUGGCAGUGAGGGGGCUGGCGGAUUUCGGGGAGGAUGCGGUGGAUGUGAUCGCCCCGGCAGAGGUGCUCAAGCAGCUCUUCAAGCUGCCCUUCUCCAAGUCCAGCCUCUUCGUCAGCGUGCAUCGAGUUGGCCGCACACUCGUGCUCAACCCCGGGUCCGAGCCUGGGGGCGUGGAGUCCCACAAGGUCACACAGAGCUCCAGAGUGCAGCGAGAGGCGGUUCUUCUCUCCAAGCUCGUAGCCCCAGAGCUGCACGGUCAUCAGGGGGGCCCUUCCAGCGACAGGCAUGGCAGAGGCAUUGGGAUCAGCAGCACCACUGUCAUCAGCGCGUCUUCAGUUUCGGGGGAUGGUGACAGUGGCAGCAACACCAGCGGAGGCAGCAGUGGCAGCAGCAGUGGUGGCAGGCCGAGGGGAGGUUUACCUACCUGGGCCCCUUCAGCGUCCACUAACGCACCUGAUUUUGUGGGGGAUACGGAAGGGGUGGUGCGAGUGUGUGAGCACAGGCAGCACAGGCACCAGGAGCAGCACCAGCACCAGCAGCAGCAGCAGCAGCAGCAGCAGCUCCAGUCUGUUGUGGGAGGGGGAGAUUCCAGCACCUUAGAGAAUGUCGGGAGCACCUUCGAAAGUGGUGACAGCCUGGGCUCUCUCUCUCUUCUCACCACUUGCGGAAGUGGUUUGGGGAAGCAGAUUCAAGUCGCUGAAGAGCCGGGCGAGGAGCAAGAGGAGGAGCACCCGCAGGGGGAAGUUUCUGGGAAGGGGAAGACCAGCAGCAAUCAUGGGAGAAAUCUAGAAGGUGGUAGCAGAGGAGGAGUGGGAAAACGAAUGGAGGCGGGAGGAGGAGGAAGAGGAGGAGGAGGAGGAGGAGGGGUAGGUGUGGAGGCUGAGACGGGGCCGGAUGGGUUUGCCCGGGUGGUUUUCUGGCAGUUUGAGCACCUGAGGCUGUUUCUCGGAAGCGACCUGAUUCUGUUCAGCAAUGAAAAGCAUGCUGCAGUCAGCCUUCACCUGGUGGAGGUGGAACUGGAGAGUUCCCCCCUGGUGUGGCUCGAUAUAUGGCUGGACAAUCUGAUGGCCGGAGUACCGGAAUUAGCCAUCUGCUACCACCACAAGGGCGUGGUGCAGGGCUACGAGCUGCUGCACGCAGACGACGUCUUCCUGCUCAAGUGCCUUGCCAGGGACGGAUCGUCAUCGUUCUUCCCCCAUGCUGUGAGGGACAGUGCGCUCGCCAUUCUGCGGUUUCUCCAAGACAAAUGCGUGCACAGCCCCGGCACCUAUUGGCUCCGCAAGGAUGCAGGCACUGACGUGCUGCAGCUCUUCGACCUCACUCCACCGCUCCAGCACCCAUCUGCACCCAUCCGCCUGGCCCCCUCCCUCUCCUCCCCACCCUCUGCAACUACCAGCCACGUCAGCAUGACUGCCGGCAUGCAUGCCUCUCGUUCAAACCCUAAACCCUUAGGGGUCCCACCAUCCUGCACAGACGGGUUAGGAGAGGGAAAUUCCCCUUCGCCAUCGACUCUCGAUGCCACUGUUGCCACACACCUGUCACUCCCCCUCACCAUGCUGCUCUACCGCCUGGCUAUGCGGCUCUCGGACUCACACGUGGCUAGGGACAGGCACAGAACGGCCCAGCUGUUUGGGUACUGCCUGCAGCUGCUGCACCAGAAGGACCACCCGGGCCUUCGAGCCACAGCCCAUGAGUACAUGGCUCGCUUCUUCCUGCAGAUCCCGCAGGACGAGCUGCCAUCCCUCCUCCAACCCUCGCGUCUCCACUCCUCCCUCCUGCAACCACCGGUCCCCCAUGCCUCCCUCCUCGAACCUCCAGUUCCCCAUUCCUCAGCACGCCUCUUUCCUCCCCUCCAACCAGCCAUGCCAUCACCCUCCCGACUGCCGCUCCCCAUCGCGAUAUCCUUUCCGGGUGCUUCCUCCCCGUUCUCCAAGGAGGCUGCUGAUGCUGCUGAUGCUGCUGCUGAUGCUUCUGAUGCUGCUGCUGAUGCUGCCGAUGCUGCUAAUGCCAGCGCCACCAAUCAACCUGUCUCUGCCAAUGCAGAUGCACAGCAGCUAGCCAUUAUUCCCAGGGACGAUCAGCCCCUGGCAGUGAUUCCCAAACCCAAUCACUGCCUCGCAGUCGCUCCCGCCCCUGCGAAAAGCAUGCUAUUAGCACCUAGCGCUCCCCUUGCUACUGACACGGGCGCAGAACCAAGACCAGCGUAUGAAGCAGGGGAGUUGGUGAAGCAGAGAGUAGAGGCAGUUAGUGCGUCAGAAUUAGAACCAGCAGUUGAAGCAGAAGUAGAAGCAGAAGUAGAAGCACAACCAGCAGCCACUGCGUCAGGGCCACGCGGGCCGCCUCCUCCCCCUCAACUUUUGCCGGCAGUAGGAGAUGCAGAGAGCACAGUCUCAUCAGCGCCUGCUGCUGCUGCUGCAGCACCCCUACCACUAGCACCAGCAGCACCAGCAACACCAGCAACACCAGCAGCACCAGCAGCUCCAGCAGCAGAAGCAGCAGCAACUGCUGGGUCAGCAGUAGCGUCAUUAUCAACACCUCAUGCUUCCCCAGGAGCGAGGGAUGCAGAGAGCACAGUUGCACAAGCAGCAGCAGAGCCACACGCAGCAGCGGCAGCAGCACCACCUCCUCCCCCUCCCCCCGCAGUGGGAGAUGCAGAGAGCACUGUUCCACAAGCUGCAGCAGAGCCAGCACCACCUCUUCCCCCUCCCCCGACACCAGGAGACGCAGAGAGCACUGUAGCACAAGCUGCAGCAGCCGCACCACCCUCCCCUCCUCCUCCCCCCGCAGUGGGGGAAGCAGAGAGCACUGUAGCAGUCCGCCUGGCGGCCGUGUGGCACGCCACGCAAGCUAUCGGCACGCUGAGGUGGCAGCGACACCUGCUGACUCACACCCCUGAGAGCCUGAUGAAUCCUCCUCUCGCCCUGCUGCACAGCCUGAGAGCCUACUCGGCCUCUGGCAGGUGCCUCUGCGGGGAGUCUAGUUGCUUGCCAGAUGUGCAUGCGGGGGGAGAUAGGGAGAGUGGGGUUUAUGGGGGCAGGAAGGGUGAGAAUGCAGGGGUUCAGAAGGGUGGGGUUGGUGGGUAUGUGAGUUUCAAAGGAAAUGGAGGGGAAGGGGAAGAGAGGAGGAGCAGGGGGAAAGGGCGACGGGGGUAUCGAGGGAAGGGACGGCAGAGGCAGAGGAGGCUGCAAGAGCGGACAAGGGUAGGGGAGGAUGGGGAGGAGGGGGAGGAGGAAGGGAGGGACGAGGAUGCACGCUCCUCCUGCUCCCUGGGUAGCAGCUGCAGCAGCAUUGGCGCUGCCUCUGCUGCCUCUGCCGCCUCUGCUGGUUCUGCUGCUGCUGCAGGUGUUACCAGUGGCAGUGCCGUUACUAGCGACAGUGCGGUUACCAGCAGCAGUGCGGUUACCGAUCGGCGCAUUUGCAAGCUGAUAGCGCUACUAGGGGAGGCGUAUCUGGGCCUAGCAGAAUCGUACAAGGGCGAGGGGCAGGUGGGGCGGGCUUUAAGAGCCGCUGAGCUGGCAUGUGUGGUGGUGGGGGGGUGGCCGUGGGACCUGGAGGACUUAGAAUGGGGGGCGGGGGGAGAGGGAGGAGAGGACGGAGGGGAGGAGGACGGAGGAAAGGGCAGGUUUCGCGGCUUGAAGGGAUGGGGGGUUGGGGGAGAGGGGAGUGGUGGGAAGGCAGGGGGUACAGGCAAUUCAGGUGAAUCUCGUUUAGAGACCGCUUGUGAAGCGCGUUGUGAGUCGACUCAAAAUACAUCUAGUUUAGAGACCGCUUGUGAAGCGCAGGAGGGAGGGCGAGGGGCGAAAGGGGGGAAGAAGAAGGCGAAGGGAAAGAACAGGAAGGGUAAGAAUGGGGAGGGGGCGAGCGGUGGUGCAUCGAGCGCUAAUCACAUAGUGAGGGAGGCGGCAAAGGAGACAAGGGUAGAGGACAGGCUGAGGAUCUCUGACCCUGCCUGUGUUCCUUCGAAUGCCCCUAUGUUACGUACAGUCACAAAAGGUCUUGCUGCUGCCUCGCGUACAGUCACACCGCGUACAGUCACAAAAGGUAUUAGUGGAGCUAAAAGCAAGGCUUCCGGGAAGAAUGGCCAGCCGGGUCACAGGGAUCGAAGGGGUGUACCUGGGGCUAAGCCUGGCGAGACGAGAGGUGUAGGGGUGAGCAGGGGGGCAGCAGCGGGGGCAGCAGGGGGGGCAGCAGGGGGGGGGUUGGCAGGAGGAGAGUCGGCAGGGUGGGAGUCUAGCAUGUGGUUGUGCAGGCAUGUGUCUGGGAGGAGCUUUUGGGGCGAGCUGUGGGAGAUGGUGGGCGAUCUGUACGUGCAGCUGGAGACGAGGGUGGGGGUGGGGGCUGAGACGGAGAGGAAUGAGAGGCUUGGUGAUCCGAAGCACGGCGACAGGCUUGGUGAUCCGAAGCAAGGGGGGAGGCUUGGGGAGGGGAGAAGUGAACCGGGCAGUGUGGCAGCGCGGGCAGCAGCAGUGGCAGCAGAAGGGGAGGCGUCAGGAAGCCGUGAGCUGAGGAUAGAGGAGGAGGUGGUGCGAGAGGUGAGGCGAGUGAGAAAGAAGAGGCGGCAGAGGGAGGUUGGCGUUCAAGGUGCAACAGGUUGGAGGGCAGCAGCAGCACCAACAACAGAAGGAGGAGCAGCAACAACAACAGCAGCAGCAGCAGCAGCAGCAGCAACAGGAGCGGCAGCAGCAGCAGCAGCAGCACGAGCAGCAGCAGCAGCAACAGAUGGAAAAGGAGGUGGUAGCAGGAGCAGGGGUGGUAUGGAUUAUAAUGUCUGUAGCGUCUGUGGCAGGAGCGGCUGUAGCUGCUUGAGCGAACGAGCGAGGGAUGACAGUGCUUUCCCCCAUCCUUUGCCUUCACAAUUUCCACCAGCACCACCAGCACCAUCCGCACCAUCACCAACCCCACCUCUCUCCUCCUCAGCAAGCACCUGGAAGACCCGUUGCUUCGGCCGCCCAUUUGUCCUCGACCCUAACACCAACUUCCAAUCAGCAGCCGAGUUUUACUCCCGGGCAGCUGCCGCCUUCUCAGCCAAUCACGACGCGACAAGCAAGCAAGCCGUCAUGCGGAAACGCGGAUGGGCGUGCAACGAGCGGGGGAGGUGGCUUCUCAACCCCUCCUUUUCUUCCUCUUCCUCUUCCUCUUACUCUGCUUCUUCCCCUGCUCCAACUCACCCUUCCCCCCACACGGCCAUAGCAGCAGCACGGGCAGCAUUAGUAGCAGCAGCAGAGGCGUUUUGGGAGGCGGGAGACGCCCCCAAUGCGGCUCUAGUGCUCUGCAAUCUCGGCCAUGGGGAGAGGGCGGAUGCGGAGCUGCUAGCCUCUCCCGUUCUGAGGCGCUCUGAGGGAGAGGGUGCCUCUGGUGCUGCUGCUGGUGUGUGUUCUGGUGUUGCUGGUCGUAGCACUGCUGCUUCUUCUGGUGACGUUGGUGCUGCUGGUGGCGGCAAUGCUGCUGCUGGUGGUGGCGCAGAGCUUGUGGGCGAGUUUGAGAGAGCGAGGCAGAGGUACCUGCGUGCAUUGACCUGGUAUGGGGACGCUCGCAGGGAGCUGAUGCGGAGUGUGGGGGAACACAUGGCGGAGGGGAGUGAAGCAGCAGCAGCGCGGGCGUAUGGAGCGGUGUGGAGCGAAGUAAAUCUCCAGUUUGCUCACACUUACCUAAGAGUCGGCAUGCUUAUGGCUGCAGCGGAACGCCUGGGUCUUCCGGUGGGCCCCGCUGGUACCAGAAAAGAGGAUGUGGAAAACUGCAGCGGUUACAGCGAAGGGGAGGUGGCGAGUGGGGGACGUGAGGAGGAAGGAGUGAGGGAGGAGGGGGAAGAGGUGGUGGGGGAGGGGAGUGAGUGGGAGUGGGAGUGGGAGGUGCAAGGGCACGUAUCAGCCAAGGACGCUCUGAGUAAGGCUCUUAUUCUGUAUGAGUCGCUCGGGCCCAGCAGGCUGCAGGAGGCAGCUUUUGCCCAUUUCCACCUGGGGGGCUACCAUCGAGACUGCGCCCUGCGUUCUGCUGCUGGUGUUGAGGUCAGCACAGGGCGAGGGGGAGGAGCAGGAGGGGCAGCAGCAGGGGGUGCGACUGCAUGGCAGCAGCAGCAGAGGCGGCUGGCAGCGUUAGCAGAGGUGCAUUGGCACAAGGCAGCUGCGUUCUAUCGAGCGGAGCUGCACGCCGACAUGUUUGUGACUAUAUGCAUCGAGAAAGCAGAGCUUGCUUCUUCUCUGGGGGGGCACCAACAGCAGCAGUGGCAGAGUCACCUCACGGCAUUGCAACACCUCAUGGAAGCACAGGCUGCGCUAGCACCGCCGCCAGCCCCCAUAUCCCUGCCUCCAGAGGAAUCUGCGCCAACCGACAGCAAGGCUUCCCCUCUUUACAGGCACACAGCAGAAAGGAUGUGCCACCUCACUCAGUCACACCUCAAGGCCUUGCUGAGUCUGGCGCUCUCAUCCGGGUCAUCCCAUGUGGGGGGGAAAGCAGGUGCAGGGAGAGGCGCAACCCAGGGGUCUGGAUCUGGAUGCUCUGGGGAGAGAAUUAUGGAGUCUCGGUUGAAUGAUGCUGGCAAGGGCUCGGUGGUUUCGGUGGUCCGAGAGGCUUACAAAUGUGCUUUGAAGCUGAACACGUGUGGCCUGGACAGGUGCUCUUUGCAUCCUAUAGCUGCCUUGGUUGCUCGCUUACAAUGAGUUCGUUAGUAGUGUUCGGGUAUGCAUUUUGAUGCAAGUUGUUCACCCUGUUAUGUCGCCAAGAGCUAGAACCUAUAAUGGU